UAAUAAUUCAUCAGUCCAUAUAUAAAACGCAAGGAAAACGUCUUGAAACGACAGAAAGAAAAAUUUUCUAGUCGAAAAACAUAUUUAAGCAUAAUUCAUAUUGAUAAAAAUAGAUUAGUUUGAACGUGAACAUUAACGGGGAAAUAUUUUGAAGUCUAUAUUCACCACGGUUUUCGCAUUCACGUCCACCGAUGCCAGGAACUAUAGUGAAUUUACCAACAUCUCAAUUUCAUGCGCCGAGCCGACUGACAUCAAAAUGGAGCCAGAGUUAAUGAUUGAAGAUUACGAACUAUCGGAUAAUGAUAACAUUUUUGAGGCAGACCCAGUAGCGGACUUUGGAUCAAUUGAACGAAUCAAGGGAGAAAAAGGAGAAGUAUUCUUCAUCAGCGAAAUGAAAGGAGAAAACGACAAUCCGACAUGUAACGAAAGAUUGUUGAAAGACCCAAAAAGCACGGGAAACAAACCGCUUAAGUGUGACAAGUGUCAAAAAACAUUUCGCUCAAAAUUAGGACUCAAGCUGCACGUUCGAAUUCAUACGGGUGAACGUCCUUAUUCUUGUUCACAUUGUCCAAGAACGUUUGAGGAUUCUUCAUCGUUCCAAUCUCAUAUUCGAACUCAUAGCGAUAAUCGUUCAUAUUCUUGUCGACUCUGUUCUAAGGUGUUUAAGCGCAACACAACGCUCAAACAACAUAUUUUAACUCAUACUGGCGAACGUCCCUAUUCUUGUCAACACUGUUCGAAAGCGUUUAGAAGUCCUUCGGCGAUCCUAGUACACGUUCGAACUCAUACAGGUGAACGUCCAUAUGCUUGCCCAUAUUGCACGAAAGCAUUUAAGCAAAAUACAGCGCUCAAACUGCACAUUCGUACUCAUACAGAUGAACGUCCUUAUUUUUGUCCACAUUGUACGAAGACGUUCAAGCAAAAUGCAGCGCUCAAACAGCACAUUCUUACUCAUUCGGAUGAACGUGCCUAUCCUUGUCCACAUUGUCCGAAAAUGUUUAAGCAUGCUACGGCACUCCCAAAGCACAUUCGAUCUCAUACGGGUGAACGUUCCUUCUCUUGUUCUCAUUGUCCGAAAGCGUUCAAGGAUUCUGGCACACUCAAGCAGCAUCUUCGAAUUCAUACACGUGUACGUCCCUAUUCGUGUCCACAUUGUCUCAGAGGGUUUAAAAAAUCUAUAACCCUGAGAAGACACCUGAGAUCACACCGUAAAGAUAGAGCCGGUCCAGGGCAGCGAUCACAGGAAGAAAUAACUGGAUGCUGAAGAAUCCAUUUGUCGUUGAAUGCUGCCGAAAAAUAAAGUGAGUGAGUUAGUCCAAAAGAAGAAUAUUUUUUCAAAAAAUACCCAAACUUUGAAAAUAGCAAAAAAGAAAGCGAAUAGUUCAGAUAGGAGCCUUGACACUACACGUGAAACCAAAGACAUGCCUUCAUCAAUCACAGUUCACUAGUUGAACCACUAGUAUGCAAACAAUGUGAUGCAUAUCAAGGUGGAAUAGUAGACGAAGUAUAUUUCGAUUGGGUUGGUAAACAACAAAUGGGAUCAUCAUAAAGUGCAUUGAGUAUGAAUUUUGUAUGGAAGAAACGAAGGAAUAUUGAAAAUACUGACAGUUCCAAAAUACUCAUAAAAUGCAAAAAAAAACAGUGAGCAGAAGAUAUGAGGGCAAUCUUCCAAUGCAGUCUUGAAUGACCGAGCCAAAGCGUUAUGAUCGUACCCGCUUUUAUAGUGCGUGUUAGAUACACAUUCCGGAGUGCAAAAAACAUGCGGGUACAGAAGUUCCCCGGCUUGCAUGAAUCAACAACUUCAACUUCUAUGUUACAAUACAAUAGAGGCUUGAAAAUUCAUUCACCUCUAGUAUCAGGAAUGGAGAUUUUCUCAGGCUCCUCAGUUUAGAAGUACGUGUUAGGGAAACAUUCCGGUCAGCACAAAGACAAGCCAGU